AUGGCCCACCUGGGAGCCCAUUUUGCCUUUAGAUCCCGCUGGCAGAAGACUGACGAUGAACUCUGCCGACAUAGCAUGUCCUUUAUCCUCCACAGAGCCAUUAGAAAUGACUUCUUUCAGUGCUACCUCUACCUGCUGGAAAAAAUUCCCCUGGUAAAAUUAUAUGCUUUAACAAGCCAAGUCAUCAAUGGUGAGAUGCAGUUCUAUGCCAGAGCAAAGCUUUUCUACCGAGAAGUACCAGCCACAGAAGAAGGCAUGAUGGGAAAUUUCAUCGAACUGUCCCACCCAGAUAUCCAGGCCUCGAGGGAAUUUCUUAGGAAAUUUGUUGGGGGCCCUGGGAGAGCGGGAACUGACUGCGCCCUGGACUGCGGCUCUGGGAUAGGAAGGGUCAGCAAGCAUGUCCUGCUGCCUGUUUUCGACAGAGUGGAGCUGGUUGAUAUGAUGGAGUCUUUCCUGCUUGAAGCCCGGAACUACCUUCAGGGCAGAGUGGACAAGGAAGAAAGUUACCACUGCUACAGCCUGCAGGAAUUCACACCCCACUUCGGGAGAUACGAUGUGAUCUGGAUUCAGUGGGUGUCUGGGUACUUAACUGAUAAGGACCUGCUUGCAUUUCUUUCCCGGUGCCGAGAUGGCCUGAAAGAAAAUGGCAUCAUCAUACUGAAGGAUAAUGUGGCACGGGAGGGCUGUGUCUUCGACCUCUCUGACAGCAGUGUGACUCGGGACAUGGACAUCCUCAGGACCCUCAUUAGCAAGAGUGGGCUGUUGGUGCUGGGCCAGGAAAAGCAAGAGGGCUUUCCAGAGCAGUGCAUUCCAGUGUGGAUGUUCGCACUGCACCGUGGUAGACUCUCCUGA